GCAGCACUAACUCAAAUGGGAUGUUUGAAUGUCCAAGUCCAGUGACCGGUUUUGUUGCUUUUUGGCUCAUCGAACUCACCCGAGAUUACAAUACACGUUCAACGGAGGGGAUAAACCAGUGAAACCUCUCGAGGUUGUGGCUGCACCGUGAGCAACACUAUUGUUUCAAGAAAAAAUCCAGCCAACAUGAAAGGAAACAAGGAGAAUGCCGAGCCUAGAGAUGGAGUCAAGUCUGUUAGUAGAAGAGACUUUUCAAAAUCAACAUCUAAUAUAUCUGCACAGUUUAAAAGCAAUAAGAAACUGGUAGGAAGUAGUGCCAGUACAAGACAAGACGCAAAGUCGGCUUCUAUUGAGGUUGUUAAAAAAGGCAAGUCCGCUCAGAAAGAUGGCAAUAAAAGUGCGGUCUGUGAAGUCAAACAACGACAAACGCAUAAGCAGGCCAUUCUUACUGAACGGACAGUGAAAAAUGGAAAAGUAGUUCCAGAUACCACAAGAGCACCAGCUGCGGCGACUUCAUCUAAAGUCGUUCCCGGCAUGUACAAAGGGAAGAUUGUGGAAUCAAAAAUUGGAUCCAUUUGGAAGUCAAGCGCGACAGCUCGAAAGGCGGAUUCCAAACCAGCAGCACCUAAAACAGACAACCAAAAGGUUGCGGAUUUGACAAGAAGAAGGUCAAAGUCUGUUGCUGAUGUCCCUGGACGCCAGUUCCUAAAACCUGCCCCGCCGAGAUCUAAAUCGCAGUUGGAUGGACGUGCACAAGCGUCCAAAGCUGCAUCCACUGCUCGUCCUUGGACCUCCUCAACAGUCCCGGCAACAUUAAAAACAUCCAGAAACACGACAGUGGCACCCACCAAGCCAAAGAUUGCCGUAACUGAUCAGAAGGUCAAGAGACCUCCUGUAACAAGCACCCUCAGCCAGUACAGAUGUACUGAAACUACAGAGGAAAGAAGAGCAAAAUUAGCCAUGUGGCUAGCUUCCAAGGGCAAGACUCUCAAGAGACCCGCCGCGACGAGCGCACAAGUAGUCCCAAAAAUCUCGACAUCUGUAAAGCCCAAGGCCAGUGUGAAAUCCAAGUCUGUUAAAGCCCAGCCGGAUAAGGCAAAACCAGGACCCAGUCUGGACCAACCAGACUCCACAGCCUCUGGUCUUCCCCCACAGGCCCAGGAAGCUCCUAAAAGUGUGCAGAUGCAGACCCCUUUAAUAAUGAACACGAGUUUCGACCUUCUGGAAAAUUCUGACUUCGAUUUGCCUGUUGUGCAAAAUGGAUAUGAUGAUGUUAUUCUGAACCUGUGUGAUGUCCUGGAAACCAUGCCGACGCCUUCGAAAUGCCAGGAUGAACCCCCACAGAGCACAGAUGUGUGCGACGUUGCAGAAGAGGAGAAAGAUGCGACAGAGGAUGAUGAAUGUGGAAAGGACGUGUCGAAGAAAAUGGAGGCCAAGGAGAUAUUGAAGGAUGAAGGUGAAAAGAAAACGCUGAUGGAUGAAGACGUUCAGUGUGAUGACAACGUGGAGGGCGCGUCAGAGACGAAUCAUGGCUACGUCAUAAAAUACAAUGUCAAAACAACACCAUAUUUGCAAAGUAUCAAGAAAACAAUCGAAGGCGAGGCUCAAAUAAGAACGUCGACUCGGAAAAGCAACAUCAAAGAUGUGAAAUUUCUGACACCGGUGCGCCGCUCCCGCCGCAUCGAGAGCAAAUCCUUGCAUCUGCCGUCGACCCUGCUCGAUCACGACCAGAGUGUGUCAUCGCUGGCCGAGCUGGUUACCAUGGAUGGUGAUCUUAAUGCUUAUGUCUAUAGAAACAAUUCUGCUCUUAUGGGGGCUCUGCCUGACCAUGUCAAAGCUUAACUGGCAUCAUGCACAUUCUUUAUCUGCACUGUAUAAACCAUAUUUUGUUUUUAAGAAAAUAAUUUUGGGACUGAGACUAAGGUCUACUAAUAUUUGAACCUGUAAUUGUUGUGAUGAAAUGUUAACAUAUUUGCUUGACCACUUAAGUCCUGAAUAUAGCCAACUGACUUUCAUUAAGUUUUCCCCUUCACUUUCAAUAAAAGCAAUUUUGUAUGACCUUUUAA